AUGAUUUUGCUCUUAUUUCUAUCUGUAUUUCGAUUAUUCCACUUUUUCGAACUUAUUUUCUCAUCUUGCACUUGUUCAUUCAUUCUUUUUUUCUCUUAUUUUUUUCUUUUUUUUUUUUCUCUUCUUGUCAAUUUUUUCUUUCUUUUAUUGUUAUCUCCCUGGAAAAUUUAUUUGUUUACUCCUUAUAUUGUUAUCUUCCUAGUUUCUUUCGUUUUUACUUUCUUUCUUUCUUUCUUUUUUUUUUUUUUUUUCUUUUUUUUUUUUACAAUUUUCACCUCUCUGGAUUACUUAUUUCUUCCUUCUGAUAUAAUUUUCGCCUUCUUUCUUUUUGAAUUUUUUAUUUAUUUUUAUCAUUCGGUUAAUUUCUUUACUUAUUUCUUUUUUUAUUUUUUUCUUCUUGAUAUAAUUUUCUCUUUUUUUUUUCUUUCUGUUUUCUUUCUUUCUUUCUUUCUUUCUUUCUUUCUUUCUUUCUUUCUUUCUUUCUUUCUUUCUUUAAUCUUCCGGUUAAUUUCUUUCUAUCUUUCUUCUUGGCUCUUUGUCAUUUUUAUUUACAUUCUUUUUUUUACUCUCUGGAUUCAUUUCUCCCUAUUUAUUUUUUCCUUGUCUUUCCUUACCUUCUCUUUCUCUUUCUUACACCUCGCGACAAUUCAUUUCGCUAUACGAUCUUUCUUUCUUCCUUUAUUCAUUUCUUCAUUUUUAAUGGUUUUCCUUUGUUCCUUUUUCUUUUUUCUCUUUCUUUUUUCAUUAGGUCUUUCAGUUUAUAUAAAAUUUUUAUUCUUUUUCUAA